CGGGGCGCACCUGCUGGGCGCACGGCUGUCUGCAGCCGCGCAAGGGGGCCCGGACAAUGUUUCUCCGUUAAAACACCGCGCUUUCCUUGGUAGCUUUGGCUUCACUUUGUAGCAGCACCGGAACUUUCCCCCUUCUUGGCCGGGCUGAGAUGGUGAUGGGCUGUUGCCAGAGGCUCCUGCGUGCGAGUGGCCAGCUGAGCAUCCUUUGACUCCAGCGCUUCGACCCGUGCUUUGCCCUGGACUACCGGAUCUGACUCCGCUGCCCUUUCUAGUUUUCUAAGCUGAAGCAGUUUUUGGGAGCUGCCGAUAUGGUUGGUCUCAGCUACGAAGGAUUUGCAUCCACUCUGCAGAACAUUCUGGAGUAACUGUGUUUGACUGGAACCAUACCUUGUGAACUCUCUAAGGAUGAGAGUCUGUGCUAAAUGGAGGUUGCCGCUGUCACCCUGGCUGCUCAUGGCCUGUGUGCUAAUGGUCUGCUGUAAGCUGUCGUCCGUCACUAGCCAGCACCUCCGGGGACAGGCAGGCCACCAUGUCAUCAAGCAGGGUACCUGUGAGGUAGUCGCUGUGCACCGCUGCUGCAAUAAGAACCGCAUAGAGGAACGCUCUCAAACCGUCAAAUGUUCCUGCUUCCCAGGCCAGGUGGCCGGCACAACUCGAGCGCAGCCUUCUUGUGUUGAAGCUUCCCUUGUGAUUGAGAAGUGGUGGUGCCACAUGAAUCCCUGCUUGGAAGGAGAGGACUGCCGAGUCCUUCCGGACUCCUCGGGUUGGUCCUGUAGCAGUGGCAAUAAAGUCAAAACCACUAAGGUGACGCGGUAGCAGACACAGUGUUUUGACCCUGAGGCGCAUCAGGACACAGAGCUGUGCUGUGUGGAUUGCCAGUCUAGUGAGAACUCACCUCUGAUCUCAGAUCUCCACAAUUACAAUUCAUGCAUCAUGAAAAGUGGCAUUUACCCGGCUGCCCCUGCUUCUCUGCUCUGCGAUCUUAUCACAUGGAACCAUAUCUACAGACGGCCACUCAACUGACAUGUUCCGAUCCCAAAAGGAGUACAACACGAGAAAUGCCGGAGGGGAACAUCGGAGGUGAUCGGAAGUGUCAGGGCCGAGCAGCACUGGGGAACCUGCCUCUUAGCUUUCUGACUUCCCCAAGGAACAGGAACUACAACUGGACCCCGUCUGCCCUUCUUUCAAAUGUGUCCUUUAGCCAUUAUGGGGAAGGUGUAAAGAAAGUCUAAAUGACAGAAGAUUUGGCUAACGUAUAUGUGUUCUAGAUUAAAGAACUCAAAUUAUCUCGUGCAGAAAAUUUAUUUUAUGAACCUUGGAGAAUGGAAGGACUCGUUGGGUUACUGUGUGAGCAUUUGUAUUUUUUACUUUUGAUAAUUUAACAUGUUUACCCUUUUAGUUCCAUUCUUAGUAGCAGAGACACAGCAGAAGCAUCUUAACCUUGAUGCACCAUUGGCUGAGUUCGAAGGGAAACAAACUAAUACCAGAGUUUUAUAACCAAAGCUUUAUCAUGAUAUUCAUAAAGGAACAUAAACAUGGGGUUUUUAUGACUUGGGUAUAAUCAAAUAGGAAAACCAUUUAAAAUAUAGGACAAUUUCUGUUUAGGGUAAGGGUGAUUUCUUAGAUCCACUAUAUGCCAAUUCUAUGGAAAUAUUUUUGUUAUCUCCUAGGCGUCUUUAAAGGCUAAAUAUUUACAUUACAGGUGAUGCUAGCCUAACACGAGUCUUUCUAUACCCAUUUGCCAGCUUUCUUACUUCUUUAAAUGUAAAUAAAAUCUCAGCCAUCUUUCCUCUUGUUUCAAUGAUUUUGUAAAUGCUAUCAUUCAGAAAUGUAAGAAACAAAGAGAAAUUGGCCCAAGUUUGGACAGCGAUGUUAUUUGUGUAUGUGCUUCUGUAAUGUGGGACUGAUUGUAUAUAUUAUGAAAUGUCAAAAAGAUACUUGCUGUGCUGUCCCUGUCCUUUCAUAAUUACAAGGAGAAAUCGAUUUUAUUAUGUUGUCUAUAGUACUAUCAAUUAUUUGAUUUUGUUUUUGCAGAAGAAAUGGGUGCUACCUAUUUAUUGGUUAAAUUUUGGUUUGAAUUUGACUGUCUGGGUGCCUACCAGAAUAGUAAAUCUCAUAUGAAUAAGUAAACUAUCACUCUGUUGAUGGCA